AUGUCCAAGAAGACAAGCUUGAGGCCCUCUUGGCGAUUCAGGCCUGCGGGCGACGUUGUCGAUGAAUGUCAGCGACUCAUCAACCUGCUCAAGAACUCGGACGAGCUAUAUGAGCCCACACUAGUCGAUGCCUUGGAGUGUGCUCACACCGUGGUUGGCAAAAUGGACCGUGAAUCGUUUGUUUACAUGCAGAACACCACUCUCGUUACCUCUACAUUUGUCGAUUGUCUCUUUUGUGAAGUCGACAUGUACAUCGAGGACAAGGAACAGGAAGUCAGGGCGAAACGUAUCAGUGCCUGGCGCAUCCGCGCGGAAUCGAUUCUACGUCGGGCCUUUGACGAAAAGCAUGAGAAAAAAGCCAGAGAAGCCCACAAGAAGGAACGCAAGAAGGCGUACCGAAAAGCCUUGACAAACAAAGGGGUGCGCGCCAACGAUAAGAAGUGCAAAGAGGAUGCAAAGAAGGAAACGGGUUGGUCGUGGUUCGACUUGCAGGACACUGAGCACCAAGUCCCCUUUAUUGAGCGGGAGUUGGAGGCUCUUAAAGGCUGGGAGGACAGCGAUGUUAAACCGCCCACCCCGGUCCUCGACCGUCUCUAUUUCUGCUUGAAAGAAUCAGACAGGCAUUUCACCUUGGAGGAAUAUGUGGAAGCCUGCAUCUGGAACGCGCGGUGUACCGAGCUCAACACUACCCACCACACCCGCGGCGGUCCCCCCAAGUUGCGCGACUUUGUCAACGGGUCAGUUCUCGAGAUCCAGCGAAUCUUCGACGUGUGCCAGGCCAGAGUGGCAGAGCUCGAUAGACUUCUGGAGCGCGCCCAGAUCACGCAGGCUAUGUACGACUCGAGUCGUACAGUCGUCGAUCGGUGGCGUGUUUCGAUCGAAAAUAUGUCGCCGGAGGAGGUUCAAGGAGUUGUUGACGAAGCGAAGGCUAUUCGGUCCACGAAGGAAAAGUUGGAACAAGCAUACGAGUCUGAGCUUCGAGUACCGUCGUCCAUCGUCGGCGGCCGUGCGAGGUACGAGGGAUUGCUUGAGGGAAACCCGGUCGAUCGCGCCUUGUCUCGAGCGAUUGAGAUGCACUUGUACCCUAAAUGGUAG